ACAAGCAUCCUAAUGUAGGACACAUGGCACAAGAAACACCAUCGAAAAGUAAUAACCAGAGCCAAGUGUAACAUCAAAGCAAAGGCAAUGUCUCAGCGAGCUGAUUCGUCCCAGUGUGGUGGGGUUGUGGUUGAAUUAGAAUCUGACAACAUCAGGGAUUCAAGAACUCGAAGAGCAAGGAAAAUACCGGGUUCAGCUCUUAUCUACCUCAAAGGCCCCAAGUUUCUCAUCUAUGUGAGUGGAGCGUUAUCUAUGUGGGGUGACCGCAUGUGGCACUUUGCAAUCUCUGUGUUCCUCAUUGAGUUGUACGGCCGCAACCUGCUGUUGACAGCAGUGUUUGGAUUGGUGCUGGCUGGGUCAGUGCUGUUGCUUGGGGCUUUAAUUGGAGACUGGGUUGAUCGCAAUCCUAGGAAUAAAGUUGCACAUGCAUCUCUUUUCAUUCAGAACACCUCAGUGACUGUAUGCAGCAUUGUGCUCAUGCUGGUAUUCUCAUAUAAGGAACAGAUUGAGCUGAUCUGGGAUGGAUGGUUUACUGUGGUUUGUUAUACGGUGGUGAUCAUCCUGGCAGAUGUGGCAAACCUUGCAAGCACAGCGCUGACCAUUGCCAUCCAGAGGGACUGGAUAGUGGUUAUUACAGGCUACAACCGAGGCCACCUGGCUGGAAUGAAUGCCACCAUGAGGAGGAUAGAUCAGGUGACCAACAUCCUGGCCCCACUGGCAGUGGGACAGGUCAUGACCCUGGCCUCUAACGUGGUUGGCUGUGGCUUCAUCCUGGCGUGGAACCUCUUUUCUCUCAUUGUGGAGUUCUUCUUCUUGUCAAGAGUUUAUCGAAUCGUUCCAGCUCUUUCAAUCAAACCCCCGACGGUGGAGGGCGAUCAGGAGUACCUGGAGAGGUCAGAGAGGAGAGGGUUGCAAGGGCAAGGCAACGAUGAGCUAUCUGACCCUCUGGCAACCAGCAACUGCAACACAGACAUGCAUCUUAAAGAAAUCACCAACUUGCCGCUGUGUUUCCAAAGGUUCCGCUGGCUGCUGAGCACAUGUAUGGAUGGCUGGAGGGCCUAUUAUCGACAACCCGUCUUCCUGGCUGGACUGGGUCUGGCUUUCCUCUACACUACAGUCCUGGGCUUUGACUGCAUCACCACUGGCUAUGCUUACACUCAGGGCAUAAGCGGCUCCCUCCUAAGUCUGUUGAUGGGUGUAUCGGCCAUCACAGGGUUGAUGGGCACUGUGAUGUUCACCAGGCUCAGGAAGUCGGUUGGCUUGGUUAAUACAGGAAUCAUCUCAAGCUGCCUCCACCUGGGUUGCUUGUUGCUGUGUGUGUGCUCUGUGUUUGCUCCUGGCAGCCCUAUAGAUCUCAGUCUGCUGAUGCCCUACUUUAGCUCUGGUUCCUCUGCUGAGCCUGGAGGAAUGGCAAGCAAAAGGCAAAAACAUACUUAUCCUCUUUCGGGAGGGAGCAAUCAGCCGCUGCUUCCGGAUCGCUCCUCCAUACACUGGACCAACAACACCGUCCUUUUUGACAACGUCCCCUCUGGAAUGGCACCGGACUCUUACAUAUCCAUUAUUCUGCUAUUCCUGGGCGUUAUCACUGCACGCAUUGGUUUGUGGUGCUUCGACCUGAGUGUGACCCAGCUUCUGCAGGAGACCAUCUGUGAGUCAGAGCGAGGGGUGGUAAAUGGGGUGCAGAGCUCCAUGAAUUAUCUAAUGGACCUGCUCCACUUUAUCAUGAGCCAAGAGAAAACACCGCCUCGAAACAUAAGAAGGAGACACAGCUUAGACAUAAGCACUGGAUCCACUCUGCACCUGGGAAAUGAAUGCCUCCCCCCCCCACCCUGAUCUGUGACUGCGACACUCUGUUCGUGACUUAGCCAUCCAUUACAACACUUCACACUUGAUUUCACCUGUGCAACUGAAGGAACGACAGGAGACGAGGUCGUUCCUCCGAUAUUCUCCACAUCCUGAAGUGGCUGCCACAAAUGAAGCGAUGAUGCAUCUAGGAGAAACGUCCAAAUCUGAUGGACAGGAGGACACGACGGUGAUGAUUGAGGCAUCAGAGGAUUUUGGUGCAAACUCUGCAGAGUUACAACAGCUGUAAGACUUUUGAGCAGGUCUGUACCCUUACAUGGCUUUAUAGAUGAAGGGGUGGAUGAACUGUGAGGUUUUUUUAUGUUUUUUUUUUCUGGCCUUCACUCAGUGAAGAGAAGAUGAGAGAAAGACAUCAACAUGAACGAACAGAGGGACAACAAAAUGGUUCUUUGACAAGUGGCAUCGAUGUUACUGAUCCGUCCACUUGGAAAUACUCCAGGAUGUCCAAAAAGGAACAUAAAGGGAACUGGAUGUGAGAUUGUUUGAUCAAAAAACAAAUAAAAAAAUACAAGUCAGCCUCCCCUUUUAGUGGACAAAGUGAAUGGAAAAAUAGCAUUUCCGUCACCUGGUUUGUUUCUCUGUGGAUGAAUCAAGCAAACAUUUGCCUUGUUUUUUAUAAUGGUAUAAAACUAGCUGAUGGAUUAUCUCAGAAAUCUCAUCAUGGCUUGCAAUAGUACUUGUAUUUUUUUCAUAUUUUAUUAUUAAUCAAAGAGAGACGUUUUUUUUCUGAUAACUGACCACAAAUAAGAGUAUGAUUGUAAUAUGGAAAGAACCAAAUGUAUCUUUUUUUUUUUCUUUUUAAAUACAUUUUUGAAAAGUAUGGAGUGCUGUUGCAUUAAUCCUUCAGAUACAUUCUUUUUACACACACCUUCUGCUGCUGUUACAUCUGCAAGUGUUUUGGGUUCAUUUCUUCCAGCUUCAUAGAAAAAGAAAUGUUUAUUUAUUUUUUGUUGUUUGUUUUUUUUUAUUUUUGCAAAUAAGUGAAGUUCUGCCAGAUUGGUGCUGCUGCUUUAACAGCUAUUUCUCAGAGUCUUGCCACUGAUUCUUCACCAGAUUUAAGUCUGUACUUUGACUGAACCAUUCUAAAACUUGAAUAUGCUUAAAUCUCUGGCUGAGUCAUUAUCAUGGAAAGUGUCAGCUUCAGUUUGUCUGUCCCUGACGUGACACUAUCACCUAUGUGUUUCACCGUGGGAGUGGUGUGUUUAGGGUGCUGUCAGUUUUAUGUCUGUGGGCCACACAUGUCUUUUAUUAUAGCUUACAUUGACAUAAGUAGAGAAUCUUACAUAAAAGCCAUAAUAAGUGCUAAGCUAACAGUUGCCCUCUCGACUGAUUGUCCCACCUGAACUGUGCAUCUGUGCAGCUCCUCCAGCUUUUCAAAGGGCUUUUUUCUGCUUUUCUGAUUAAUGGACUUCUUGCUUACCUUCUAUGCUUAGGAAUGUGGGCCACAACUUGAUAGGUUUGCUUUUGUUCCACACCUUUUCCAUUUAGGGAUAAUAGAUUGAAUACUGCUUUGUGAGAUGCUCAGCUUGGGAUCUUGUUUUAUAAUUGUUUUCAAAUGCUCUGCAACUUUAUCCCUGAUCUGUCUGCUCUGUUGUUUGCUGUUUGUUCAGCAAUGUUCUCUCGCAAAUCUCGCCAGUUACUGAAAAUAAAUGACACACGGGUUUCCGAUUUAAUGACUUCUUAAAGAAGUGAUUUAUUUAUUUCUUUAGAGGUAUCAGAGUUAAAUGGGAUGAA